UGGUCCUGGGAGGAGGGGGGGAGGAGAGCUCUUGCUCUGUUGCUGUCAGUGUACAAUGUAAACAGCCUGGUGUCUGCAGAUUUCACAUCAAGUUAACAUGUUUACCAAGUCAAUGGCAGGUGCCCGCCUUUUUAACCAACAUUCCAGGAAUACGAUGUUUCACAUUCUAUUUUCAAAGCCAGCAGUGCAUUCCAGAGUGCUGAAAUUAUGGCGUUCCACCCUCAGUUCCCUUGUAGGAGAAAAUAAUCUUAUCUUGAUGGGUCCUCCAGGGUCCGGGAAGACCUCAGUUGGUAGAAUUCUUGGCCACAAGCUGGGUUGUCCUGUUAUAGACGUGGAUGACGAUGUCCUUGAAAAAGACUGGAACAUGAGUGUGUCCAAUAAAUUGCAGGAAGUUGGCGAUGAGCAGUUUUUAGAAGAGGAAGGAAAAGCCCUUUUAAAGUUUUCAGCAUCUGGAAGUGUGAUUUCCCUUACGGGCUCCAACCCUCUUCACACUAGCAGCAUGGAACACACAAAGAAAAAUGGCUUAGUUGUUUAUCUUGAUGUCAAUUCACAGGAUAUAAUUGAGAGGCUCGAAGGAAUGAAAGUGGAUCGUAUUAUUGGGCAAAAGUCCGGAGCUAGAAUUGGCGACAUACUUCAGAAAAGGAAGCAUUUUUAUAAAAAGUGGCAUGAUGUGCGUGUACUCUGCCAGAGGGGCGAUACUGUAGAGGUUUUGGCUGAAAAAGUAAUUGAUGCAGUAAAAAAAUAUCAGAAUGUAGACUCUGAUAUUUUUGUUUCUACAAGAUCCCAAAGCUGUGAAGCUGAAAUGAGCCAAGACAAAGCAAAAUUCUUUAGUGACGUUGUCAUAGAGGGUUUAGCUGCUGAUGGUGGACUCUACGUUCCCAAGAAUGGUCUACCAAAGCUUACUGCUGGCGAGUGGGAAAGAUUGGUUAAGUCGACUUAUGCUGAAAGGGCACAGAUAAUACUGGAAAGAUGCAUCCAUCCAAUUGAUGUUCCACCUGUUGUUUUAGGAGAAAUGAUUGAAAAGGCAUAUGGUGAAAAUUUUGCUUGUAGCAAAAUUGCCCCCAUCAGGCAUUUGUCUGGCAAUCAGUUCAUUCUUGAACUCUUUCACGGACCAACUGCUUCUUUCAAAGACUUGGCCUUGCAGUUUAUGCCUCACUUGUUUGCUUAUUGCGUCCCCAAAACAUGUAACUAUCUAGUUCUUGUGGCUACUUCUGGAGACACAGGUAGUGCGGUUCUGGAUGGGUUUAGCCGCCUCAGUGACCUUGACAGGCGAAGGAUGGCCGUCUUCUGUCUUUACCCUGAAAAUGGAAUAAGCCAGAUACAAAAGUCACAAAUAAUUGCUUGUCAAGGAGAUAAUGGGUUUGCACUGGGAGUGAAAUCUGAUUUUGAUUUCUGUCAGACUGCAAUAAAAGAAAUCUGCACCAAUCCUGAUUACACCGGCUAUCUUACAGCUGAAUACGGAACUACUCUGAGUACUGCCAAUUCUAUCAACUGGGCCAGGCUGCUACCUCAAGUUGUUUACCACGCUUCCGCUUAUCUUGAUCUAGUCAGUCAAGGUGUCAUAACUUUUGGGAACCCAGUUGAUGUAUGUAUUCCCACCGGUAACUUUGGCAACAUACUUGCUGCCAUUUGCGCAAAACAUAUGGGAAUACCCAUUCGAAAAUUCAUCUGUGCCUCCAAUCAAAACCACAUUUUAACCGAUUUUAUCAAAACCGGAUGUUAUGACCUCAGGGGUCAGAAAUUACUGCCAUCCCAUUCGCCAGCAAUUGAUAUUCUUAAAUCCUCCAACUUAGAGAGGUAUUUACAUCUCAUCUCUGACCAGGAUGGUGAGCUUGUUAAAAAACUCUACAGUGAGUUACAAAGUCAAGGUCAUUUUCGGCUGCCGGAAAAUUUAUUUAAAAAUCUCCAGAAUGAUAUUAUUGGCAGCUGGUGUUCUGAGGCAGACUGCUUGUCCGCAAUCCGCUCUGUACAUAGUAAAAGCGGAUAUAUCAUGGACACACACACAGCAGUUGCCAAAGUUGUGGCCGACAGGGUGCAAGACCGUACUUGUCCAGUUAUCAUCUCAUGUACAGCUCAUUAUUCUAAGUUUGCACCUGUUAUUUUGCAAGCUUUGAGGAUUGAAGAAAUUAAGCAAAGCCCAUUAAGCCAGCUCCAUGUGUUAAAUUCCUUCCGUCCCUUGCCUCCUGCUCACAAGGCACUCUCAACAAAGCUUAAAGACCAAGAGUCUCAUAAGAGCCGUGUUUGUGAGGCUGAUGCAAACUGCAUCAUGGGCCACAUUGAAAAUUACCUUCAAAAACAAUUCUUGAGGGCUUACUAGCAGUUGUGGCAGCUAUAAUCUUUCCCUGCAAAAACAAUCUCCUUGAAAAUCCAGACAUUAGAUAAAGUAGAAAAACAAACUGUAGCCAAAGAGCUUCCACUUGAGCAGAUUACGAAAAUAUUUCAGGAAAGCUUUUUCAAUGCUAAUUUGCAAACGGAAAGACCUUCACUCGAUCAAGCUAAAAUUAGUUUGAGAGAAUGACUAAUGUAACGUGUUUGGGUCGGAAGGCAUUGUGAGUUGUAGGAAAACAAGUCAUGUCUCCAAACGCUGCCAGAGGAUGAUGACAAAAUUGAUGGUGUUUCCUUUAGGGUCUGUUAUGUUGCUAUGAUCGCAGUCCAUGGACUGUGCUGAAUGCGUAAUCCGGAUUUAAAUGGUAUGAAUGACACCACACCCUUAUAACGUUCAUUUAUAGAAAUUGCUAUUUCAGAUGGGUUACUAGUGGCAAAAGCUUGUUCGUUAUUUGAUUGCUAUAUUUGAACAGCAAAUGGAGGGCGAUCAUAACUAAACUGAUGGCGUUUGGACCAAUGCAGAUAAAUAGCCCUAUAAAAUUAUUUUAGGGGUAAUUGGAUAAAUGUCACUCAAAACUGAUUUCUCUAUUCUGAGAAUAUUGUGGCAGUACAAUGCUGUUUUGAGAUUUUGCUGCUAUUCCUUGACCUUUUACAGGAACUUCCUCUGUGAUCACUUUUUAGCUAACCUACUGUUGUCACUGCCUUUUCCAUGGGAAAAAAAUGUAAAAAUUAUAACCUUCAGUGUCUUUUUGGUUGCUCUUGGAUAUGCUAAUACAGACUUAGAUAGGCAAGGUCAAGUGCAACCUCUUGCCAGCCUCAGUUUUUUCAGAUAAACUUAUUUGCCACUUAAAUAUUUAAUGGGGUUGAUUUACUAAAGGAAUAAAAACUGUUCACUUUACAAAGUUUACAUAGGAAUCUUAAAGGGGUUGUAAACCAUCAGUUUUUUUCACCUUAAUGCAGCCUAUGCAUUAUUAUAUGACACUUCC